AUGGGAAAGAAUACCGUAGCUAUACAUCAACCUUCACAUCAAGAUUGGGUCAUCGAUGUUAAAUCGAAGCUCCAAUAUAUAAGCCGCUCAGCAGAAGAAGAGCUUUGGAGCCAGCACUCGAUUUACAGGGUACCGACAGGCUUUGGGGAUACCAGCCGCAGCAAGGCCUACAAGCCUCAGGUAGUCUCCUUUGGGCCGUACCAUCAUGGCAAGCCGCGUCUAAAACCGAUGGAAGAGCACAAACAUAGAGCUCUCCUUCACUUUCUUCGAAGGAGUAAUAAAACGCUUGAAGAGUUCAUGGAGGCGUUGGAGGAAUUAAUGGAACAACUGAUGGACUCCUACAAGCAGCUGGAUAAGGCAUGGAGACAUCCAGAGAAAUUUUUGAAGCUGAUGAUCCUUGAUGGAUGUUUCAUGCUCGAGAUCUUCAGAACGAGCAAGGAGAUCCCUAUUGACUAUGCAUACAAUGACCCAAUCUUCAGUAAGCAUGGAAAACUAUGUAUCAUGCCGCACAUAAAGAGAGACAUGUUGAUGAUCGAAAACCAGCUUCCUCUACUGGUGCUGAAGACGUUAGCAGCUGUUGAAAGUGGAAACCCCCAGGACGAGGAAUCCAUAAACGAGCUCGUAAUGAAUUUCUUUGCCCCCAGUUCCCAACCCUUUAAGAUGGGCCAGCGCCUCCAUGUAUUGGACGUGGUAAGGAAGAGCAUGCUUCCAGGCCCACCUGAAGGAAAAUCUACUAAAAAGAAACCGGCUCUCAAAGAAACGGCAGAUGUGAUCUGGCCUGCCACAGAGCUUCUUGAGGCUGGAAUCCGGUUCAUGAUGAUCCCAACCCACAGCCUAGAGAUUAAGUUCCAAAAGGGCAUCCUAAUGCUCCCUCAGAUCAUAGUCGAUGACGCUACAGAAUCCAAAUUUCUCAAUCUAAUGGCGUUUGAGCAACUUCAUGCGGGCAUCGGCACUGAAGUGAGUUCAUAUGUAUCAUUCAUGGACAAUAUUAUUGACACAGAGAAAGAUGUAAUCCUCCUCAACAAAAGAAAGAUAAUCAUGAAUUUUGUGGGGACGGAUAAAUCCGUAGCGAAGCUCUUCAAUGGUAUCUCUCAGGAUGUGUCAUUCGAUCCAGACAAUAGCCUAGGGGAGGUGCAUAAGAAGGUGACUGCUUACUGCAACAAGAGAAGGAAUCGUUGGAGGGCCAACCUCUGGCACACUUACUUCAGAAGCCCAUGGGCUUUCAUCUCCCUCUUGGCCGCCAUUUUCCUCCUUGGUGUCACUGUCACCCAGGCCGUCUACGAUCUCAUCAGUUUCUAUAAGUAA